AUGGAUUUCUACGAGGCGCACCCCUCCGGCAAGGUGGAGUUCGGCAGUAAAAGACCCGUGUUGGUUCUUCAGAAUGACUCUCUCUACUCCCAGAGACGUCCUUACACCAGUGAAGAUGAAGCCUGGAAAUCCUUUCUUGAAAACCCCCUUACAGCAGCUACCAAAGCUAUGAUGAGCAUCAACGGCGAUGAGGACAGCGCAGCCGCCCUCGGACUGCUGUACGAUUACUACAAGGUUCCAAGGGAGAGGAGAUCUUCAACAGCUAAACCGGAGGUAGAACAUCCUGACCAAGAUCAUAGCAAAAGGAACAGCAUCCCAAAUGUGACAGAGCAGUCGCUUAUUUCCACUGGAGAAAACAGGGUCCAGGUUCUGAAAAAUGUACCUUUCAACAUUGUCCUUCCGCAUACGCCCCAGAUGGGCAUGGACAAGAGAGGCCACCUUACAACCCCUGACACGACGGUCACUGUUUCGAUUGCAACGAUGCCCACCCAUUCCAUCAAAACGGAAACGCAGCCCCACGGCUUUGCAGUGGGCAUCCCUCCGAGCGUUUACCACCCUGAACCCCCCGAGCGGGUGGUGGUGUUUGACAGGAACCUCACUCCUGACCAGUUCAAUUCCAACACUCAGCCGCAGAGCUCCCAGAGGCGAACGCCGGACUCUACCUUCUCAGAGACCUUCAAGGAAGGCGUGCAAGAGGUUUUCUUUCCCGCUGAAUUGAAUCUCCGGAUGGCCAACAUGAACUCAGAAGAUUAUGUUUUUGACAGUAUCUCUGGGAAUAACUUUGAAUAUACUCUGGAAGCCUCCAAGUCCCUCCGACAGAAGCCUGGGGACAGCACGAUGACUUACCUAAACAAGGGUCAGUUUUACCCAAUCACAUUGAAAGAAGUCAGCAGCAGUGAAGGAAUCCAUCACCCCAUCAGUAAAGUCCGAAGUGUCAUCAUGGUAGUGUUUGCUGAAGACAAAACAAGAGAAGAUCAGCUCCGGCACUGGAAGUACUGGCACUCAAGACAGCACACAGCCAAACAAAGAUGCAUUGACAUAGCUGACUACAAGGAGAGCUUCAACACCAUCAGUAACAUUGAAGAGAUCGCAUACAAUGCCAUAUCCUUCACUUGGGACAUCAACGAGGAAGCAAAGGUUUUCAUCUCUGUGAACUGCCUCAGCACAGACUUCUCCUCUCAGAAAGGAGUUAAAGGCCUGCCUCUGAACCUUCAGAUUGACACCUACAGCUACAACAACAGGAGUAACAAACCUGUGCACCGCGCCUACUGCCAGAUUAAAGUCUUCUGUGACAAGGGAGCAGAAAGAAAGAUCAGGGAUGAAGAGCGAAAGCAAAGCAAAAGAAAAGGCAAGUGCACUGACCCCAGCUCUCAGUUGAAUGCCUUUUCUGAUGUCAAAGUGCCAAUGCUUCCCUCACACAAGCGGACGGACAUCACUAUCUUCAAGCCCUUCAUGGAUCUAGACACUCAGCCCGUCCUCUUCAUUCCCGACGUUCACUUUGCAAAUCUGCAGCGUGGUGCUCAUGUCCUUCCUGUUGCUUCUGAAGAGCUAGAAGGUGAAAGCUCCAACCUGAAGAGAGGAGGUUAUAUUGGCGAAGAGGACUUCAUUGCUACUCCAAACAAAAUGGCUAGAAUAGAAGAACCAAAAAGAGUGUUGCUUUAUGUCCGAAAAGAGUCAGAGGAAGUCUUUGAUGCACUUAUGUUAAAGACACCAUCUCUGAAAGGCCUAAUGGAAGCUAUAUCUGACAAGUAUGAUGUUCCUUUUGAUAAAAUAGGAAAGAUCUUCAAAAAAUGUAAAAAAGGAAUUCUGGUCAACAUGGAUGAUAACAUUGUGAAACACUAUUCUAAUGAAGAUACCUUCCAGCUGCAGAUUGAAGAAGUUGGAGGAUCUUACAAGCUGACUCUCACUGAGAUCUAAGAUCACGGGUCCUCUGUGGAUUUUAAGCACAGAUCUCAAGUGAUCAUUUUCCCAUAAUGCAGUGUGUCGGGUAAAACACUAAUCACCUUCUCCAGGAGCAAGCCAGGUGUUGACUUGUUCUGGGGAGCAGAGCGGUGUUUUUGCUUGAUACCUUUGUGUCUCUGUUCUUUCUAGAGAACGUUGUAAUGCUCAUGACCUUAUUUGCACUUGAAACCAGUGAGCAAAGAACAGCAAUUAAAUAGAGCAUGUAUAGAA